ACCACUUGCUACCGUUGCCAUUUUCCUCCCAUUGCCGCCAUUUUUAUUAUUUUGUGAAUGUGAAUCAUAAAUCUAUAUCUAGUAUAUAUGAUAUUUAUUACCGUAAACUGAAAAAAACAAUUUAAUAAUUGUUUAAACAAAAGAAGCAGGAUACUAUUAAUAUUCUUGGUGCGAUCAGCCCAAUUUAGGCGUCCGACUUGAAUCAUAGCACACGGCGAUAUGAAGCGUGACGCGUACGGUGAAGACGGGCCGGUGCACAAGCGGCAACGGCAGACCGAUGAUGAAGUCACCUUCCUCAUACCUAGCAAGGUGGCGGGGUCUAUUAUCGGAAAAGGUGGCUCCAACAUCUCCAAGUUAAGGAACGAGUACAAAGCCUCUAUAACAGUCCCCGAUUGCCCCGGCCCCGAACGAGUUCUGUCGAUAAGUGCAUGUGAUAUCGACACUAUUUUGGAAAUCGUGAAAGACAUACUGCCGAAUUUGGCCGAUGGAGCUUUAAAAGGAGGAAACGAGGAUCUGGACAUCCGUCUCCUAAUACAUCAGAGCCGAGCGGGUUGCGUCAUCGGUAAAGCCGGUGCCAAGAUCAAAGAAUUACGUGAGAAAACGGGAGCCAGACUGAAGAUAUUCUCUAGCACUGCGCCGCAGAGCACGGAGCGCGUAGUGCAGCUGGUGGGCAGCAAGGAGGCCGUCGCCGCCGGAGUGCGCGAGGUCCUCGAUCUCAUACGACAGGUGCCAAUAAAGGGCGCGAUACAGAACUACGACCCGCACAACUACGACGACUACUACGCGGACGAGUACGGCGGCUUCGGGGGCGGAGCGGGCGCGGCGGGGCGCGGCGGACGCGGUGCACCCCCCCGCUCGCCCCGCAGUGCGCCGCCGCGCGCCCCGCGCCCGCCCGCGCCGCGCGCCGCGCCGCCCGGCCCCCGAGGUGCGUUCAACGAUUACGGCGGACCCCCGCGCGGCUUCGGCGGACCCCCCCGCGCCAACUUCCCCGGACCCACUUUCCCCGGCGGCAACUUCGGCGGCGGCUUCAACAGGAACUCCGGCGGCCAGGAGACGAGCACGCAAGUUACCAUACCCAAAGAUUUGGCCGGCGCGAUUAUCGGGAAAGCCGGGUCCCGUAUCCGGAAGAUUCGCGCGGAGAGCGGCGCCGGCAUUGAGAUCGCGGAGCCGCUGCCGGGCUCCAGCGACCGCAUCAUCACCAUCACCGGCACGCCGCAGCGCAUACAGAUGGCGCAGUACCUCCUGCAGCAGAGUGUUCAUGAGAGCAACCCGAAUCUCGGUCGAGGCAACUUCUAAUAUUCCAAGACUAUAACAAAUUAAAACAAUUCAUAAAAUAAUUCAACUGAUUUAAUUUACAAUUGUAAAAUAAUGAAAUCGUGUGAAAUGCGGUCGUUUAUUCUCUGCGGGUGAAACAGAGUUGAGGCUCAUUUACAAUAUAUUUUGUUUGUCUGUUUGUUACAAACUAAUUAUUUUUAAUAUGAUUUCUAAGGCAUUAAGAAACGUCUAAGAUUAAUAUUUUUGAAUUCAUUCGUAAGAAAGAAGCAUUUAUAAUGAUUAUAAAAAUAAUUAUAGAAGUUAAUUUUAAGAUCGUGUCAGUGGUAAAUGGUUUUUGUUACAUCGAUCUAUGUUAAGUAAUAGAAAAUAGAAUUUAAAAUAAAUAGUUUAUUUUAUGAU